AAACCAGAAUGAAGUGGCAAUCCUGCUAAACCUGCUACAGUCUAAAACAAGUGUUAGUUUGGCACAGUUUGCCCAAGUGUUGAAUAUUAAGGUAAACCCAGAGACUCAGCAGCAACUAAAUAAAAUAAAUCUUCCUGCUGGAAUUUUGUCAGCAGGUGAAAAACAGUCAGAACAGCAGCAGCCACCGCCUCCGCCACCACCGCCGGAACAGGAGCCUCUCAAACAGCCGACCGUCGCGCAGCCCCCUGCGCCCCCCGCUCAGCUGAGUCAGCCUAAAGCUGAGGCCGAUGCUGCCCAGGCAGCCGUGCAGAGCGCCUUCGCUGUUCUGUUGUCGCAGUUAAUAAAGGCUCAGCAAACAAAACAGAAAGAUUUUGCGUUGGAGGAGAAGGAAAACGGAUCGGGAAGCGAAAUGUCCUUACAACUCAGGCAGCCUCCAGAGCCCACCACUCCUGCGUCUGUCAGCCGGGACGACGUGGAAUCUCCGGCUCCCGGCUACCCGCAUCUGAUCAAGUCAUUGUACACGCCUGCAGGUCCAGAGGAUUUGGUUAGGCAAUCCGAGAUGAGGCUUCUAAACCGAACGCCCGAACCAGAACGCCCUCGGAUCUUGCCUCCAGACCAGCGUCCCCCAGAGCCGCCGGAGCCUCCGCCUCUCACUGAUGAAGACCUGGAUUAUCGGACAGAGAACCAGCAUUUGCCUCUAAGUAACUCUUCAGGAACGGAUCCUCACGCGGGAGUGAAAGCAGCGCUUCUGCAGCUGCUGGCUCAGCAUCAAGCUCAGGCCACCACGGAGGAGCCCGUACAGACAAGCGUGGAUUAUCAGGCUAGAGACUCCUACGUACCAGGCCCAGACUACAAGGAUAACUUUGCCUCAUCUUCCUUCUCGUCCGCCCACUACGGCAGCAGCGAUGGAAUAGGAGGCGGAUCAUCAGGAGCAUUAGAAAGGAGGAGCUUUCUCGGAAACUCAGAUAUUCAGUCUUUGGAUAACUACAGUACUGCUUCAUCUCACUCUGGUGGUGCCCCUCCCCCGUCAGCCUUUUCAGAAUCCUUUCCCAGCUCCGUAACUGGUUACGGAGACAUUUACCUCAACGCUGGCCCCAUGCUGUUCAGCGGAGACAAAGACCAUAGGUUUGAAUACAGCCACGGCCCGAUCCCGGUGCUGGGGAGCAGCGGGGAGACUUCGGCGGGGCCAGAGAGCACGCGCUCUUUGCCCACAAAGAUACACAACUAUAGCUACGGAACUAACUUACCGGAAAAUCCCCCCGGCAUCGGCCACAUGCAUGGACAGACUUGGACUUCUCCUGCCCAAGGGCCUGGCUAUUCCCAAGGAUACAGGGGACACAUUAGCACAUCUGCAGUGAGAGGGCGAGGCAGAGGAUUACCCUAUUGAGUAUCUGUUUUUCCUCAGGCACAUCAUUUUUAUCUGGAAAAACUUUUUUUUUUUUUCCUCCUAGCUGCAGUUUAAAGCAGCCGUUCAACAGACUUGAAUAAUGUUAAUUCAACAGCUUUAUUUUUAUGUGGAAAAGGGUCUUGCAUACCGUAGGAAAAAUUAAAGAUGCUUAAAACUCAUGCUGUCUGAAAACUAGAUGAAUUGAUUGUACAUGUUCGCAAACUCUAGUUCUGAAUUUUAUUUUGUAUUUCGGCAGUUUUAAGUGGAUGCUAAAUUUAGGGACAUCAGCUUUUUAUGGCACUCUUUCAGAUCUUCUGAACUAUGCACAUUUGUGCUUUUUUUGUAAGUUUGGACCAACUUUUAUGUAAAAAAAAAAAGGUAAUUUUACAACAAUCAAAGCAGGGCACUGAUUUAUUUGGUAUUUUUCUUUUUACAGAACUACCUUUAGUCAAAGGUCACUGUCAGUCUUUGCACUGCUUUCAGUGUUAUUGUGGAAGGUGUACUUUGUGCUCAUUUCAGAUAAUAAAACACAACCUUUCUCUUGAUGCAAAAUUUUAUAAAUAUUCGGUCGAUGUUUUGGGUUGGUUUUUUUUUUCCUUUCAAGAAAAAAAAAAA